AGGGUGUUCUGAGCUGGGUAAGGUGGGCUGGGAUAGGGUGUUCUGAGCUGGGUAAGGUGGGCUGGGAUAGGGUGUUCUGAGCUGGGUAAGGUGGGCUGGGAUAGGGUGUUCUGAGCUGGGUAAGGUAGGCUGGGAUAGGGUGUUCUGAGCUGGGAUAAGGUGGGCUGGUAUAGGGUGUUCUGAGCUGGGUAAGGUGGGCUGGUAUAGGGUGUUCUGAGCUGGGUAAGGUGGGCUGGCAUAGGGUGUUCUGAUCUGGGAUAAGGUGGGCUGGGAUAGGGUGUUCUGAGCUGGGUAAGGUGGGCUGGUAUAGGGUGUUCUGAGCUGGGUAAGGUGGGCUGGCAUAGGGUGUUCUGAGCUGGGUAAGGUGGGCUGGGAUAGGGUGUUCUGAGCUGGGUAAGGUGGGCUGGUAUAGGGUGUUCUGAGCUGGUAUAAGGUGGGCUGGGAUAGGGUGUUCUGAACUGGGUAAGGUGGGCUGGGAUAGGGUGUUCUGAGCUGGGUAAGGUGGGCUGGUAUAGGGUGUUCUGAGCUGGGUAAGGUGGGCUGGUAUAGGUUGUUCUGAGCUGGGUAAGGUGGGCUGGUAUAGGUUGUUCUGAGCUGGGUAAGGUGGGCUGGGAUAGGGUGUUCUGUGCUGGGUAAGGUGUGAGCGGGUCAGAGUGGAUAAAGAUAAAUACUUGUUAGAAGAGGGGUGUCUUUUAAUUUUGUUUAGAGAGAACACAACAACUCGUCCAUACCUUAUUUGAGAGGUGAGGAUUUUUUUGUAUGGAGGUCAAUGAGAGAGUGUUCAAUUUGGAUGACAAAAGCUGCAAUGGCUAACUUCCAAUGUGUGGCUCAUUUGAUGGAAUAUACGUUUGGUAAUGAUUAGGUCGUUACAAGAGUACUGAUAUAAGUAGGACGUGAUAUCCCGACAACUUUGAGAAAAAACACUUUAUAUCAGAAUUGUGGAUGGACACCACUAGUUACUACAGCCACAAAGUCAUAAACCCCACUUAAAAAAGUAUGUUCUUAAAAUGUGAUUUUAAACCGAACCCUAACCACACUGCUAACCUUAUAUCUAACCCUAACCUUAUAAUAAUACCAAAAAAGCAGAUUUUAGUUUUCAUGCAUUUUUUACGAUAUAGCUAAAUUUGACUGUGUUUGUGGUAACUAGUAUAAACCGUUGUGUCUGUUGUUCUUUUGUGUAUCUCAUUGGCUAGAAUGGUCUCACCUGAUCUUGAUUUUGUAUUUUUUUUAUUUUUUUAACAACUCCUCCCGACAGCACCACUCCACCAGCCCCCGGCAGCUAAAGAGAUAUUUCACUGGAGAUUCAAUAGUGAUAUUUAUUGGUGGAUUUAUUCAUUGACAUGUAUCUCUUAUUAUCAGUUCUCCAACCAGACAUGAACCAACCACCUCCCCAGACACAACCUACAAUCACCCCUGGUGUAACCCAGGUGGUGGUGAUGCAGCAGCUGCUGCUAAGAGACGUAGCCGGCCAGAUGACGUGUCCCCACUGUCAGGUCCAGGUUCUGACAGAGACCACACACACCACUGGACUGGUCACCUGGCUCAUCUGUGGAGCCCUCUGCUGCUUCAUGUGCUGGCCAUGCUGUUUGAUUCCGUUCUGUGUUGACUCUUGUCAGGACGUAGAACACCGCUGCCCCAACUGCAAGAGAGUGAUCCACAUCCACAAACACAUGUGAACAGACCAAGAUGAGACACCUGCCACAAAGUGAUCCAUAUCUGCAAACCUACUGUAUAUAUGAAUAGACCUAGCCACAGCCUACUGACAGUUCAGUGCGUAAUCCACAUCAGAAAGACAAUAGUCUACUGUCUCUCUGAAAUGACCACAGCAGGACAGCUUCCUCUACUGUCUCUCUGAAAUGACCACAGCAGGACAGCUUCCUCUAUUGUCUCUCUGAAAUG